ACCAACUAAACAAACUCAAUUAGCAAGACAAUUUAGUUUCUUUGGAGGCUCCGUUGUGGUUCCUUAUUGUGCUAAUAUCCAUCUCCUAAAACUACGCGUCUUCAGCCGGAGGGGUUUACUGCACAAUAAAAGCCACUUUAGUCUUUGUAAUCACAAUAAUGGCAAGAUUUUUAAAUUUCGUUUUGCUGCUUCUUUUGAUUACUUCGAUUAAUUUUUUGACUUGUGAAGCACGCCCUCUCAAUAUCUUGAAGAUUAACGACUCUGGCUCUGGCAAUGUAGCAACUUUUGAUUGGUUAACUUUGGGUUUUAUUAAGGAUGAGCCUAGUCCUGAUGUUGGCCAUAAGUUUACAAACAGAGUACAAACACUUGGAGGAAUUAAGGAUUCAGGUCCAAGCCCUGGAGCAGGACACAAAGUUGUCACUAGCAAUCAUCAAUAGUGACCUGAACCACUAUAGUGUAAUAUUUGGCUUGCCUUAAAUUUUUAUCAAUAUUGAUUUGCUUCAUUCUUUGCAUAUAUAAUGUUUUAUUCGCUUUAAACUAGGCAGAUGUAGAAUUUGGAGUAUAUGGGAUUCAGAAUUUGAAAUUCAUACAUUUG